AUGGAUCCUAUUACAGCUUUUCAGGUUGCUGGUACCGUUAUCACCUUCGUAGAGUUCAGUCGCACUCUUUUAAAUGACGCGCGAGACGUAUACAAAUCUCCUUCUGGAGCUACUUCUCAGGUCGUUAGGCUUGGUAGCAUUGCAGAUGACCUGAACACCGUCGGAGGUCAUAUAUCAACGUCCUUAGAGAGUUGUCCCGAAUCAUCUCGCACCAUGUCUGACAAAAGGCUAGUCAACAUCUGUGGGCGCUGUACUGAAAUGCAGAAUGAGCUGCAGCAGGCACUUCGAGGCCUUCAAGCGAGAGGAAACACAAAGUUUGACUACGCAAUAAGCAGCAUCGCGACCGCAUUCAGAUCGAUAUGGUCGCAAAGCAAGAUGAAUGACCUGGAUCGUCGUCUGAGAGAGGUACAGUCGGAAAUGACGAUGGCAGUCCUCAUGUCUCUUUGGGAAGACGAACAGAUACAUGGCAAGUCGAGGCAAGAGAGCCUGGCCGCCGUUAUUGCAAGUGUCAAGGACACAGAUCGGAAGGUUGACCAACUCAACGAGCACCUACUCCAGACAACUUCUUACACCAGUUCUAAUGGUUCAAGCGAGCGCAGUAUGCUAUUCAGAGAGCUGUGGAAAGCGGAUUGGAGACCAGACCGGGAUCAUAUGCAUGAAUUUGAGAAAAUCUCUUCAGACGAGGUCGCACGUUUAGUUCAACAGAGCAUUAUCAACAACCUUAUCGAGAAGGUGUCGACUCGUCGGUGGGCAGCAUACAAUGCCCUUCGCGGCUGGGAGGGUCCAGUUCCCGAGUGGAGCUGGGAGGAACUACAAGAAACAUUUCAAAACCUAGCUUCAUUGAACAGCUCCUCACUGAGAUUGGUCUUGUUUAUUGACGGUCUCGAUGAGUUUGACGGGAAGCUUUCCACUCUAAUCCUUUGGAUCAAGGACAUUGUUGCAAGGUUUCGCAUCAAGCUUUGUGUCGGAAGCCGGCCUUGGACUGAUUUCAAGGAUGCAUUUGAUCAGUAUCCCACCCUGACUAUGCAAACUCUCACGGCCCCAGAUAUUCAGGCCUACCUCAAUGGGCACUUUAACACAAGUCAUGCCUUCAGGGAUUGGCAAACGCUGUCGCCCGGUGUAACAGAAUCGUUACGCCAUGAUUUGCUUGAGAAGGCAGAUGGUGUCUUCCUCUGGGUCUAUAUUGUUGUCAAGGAGCUUAUGUCAGCCUUAAAAAAGGGCAAGAGCAUAUAUGACAUCAGCUCCAUCCUGAACGACUUGCCGACCGAUAUGACGAAUCUCUACACUAAGAUUUAUGGAUCCGCGGAUCCAGAGGAAGCGAAAAGCGCCGCGUUAUACUUCAGCCUACUACAAGCCGCUAUCCACCCGCUCAAGUCCUACGAGCUGUGGUAUAUUGAAGAAAGCAAACCCGUGAAUGCCAAUGAUAAGAAAGCUUGGGCAUCCAUGGAGAGUGUAAUUAAGAGACGCUUGAAUAGCUCCACUCGAGGCAUGGUGGAAGUUUCAAGGUACAACAUCGUUAUAUUCCAUCACAGAAGCGUCUCCCAAUGGCUAUCGUUACCUGAGGUGGUACCUGUCAUAUCCUCUCACUUGUCCGAACAUGUCAACACCAGGCUCCUCCUAAUGAAGGGUCAUCGCGCAAGAUUAGACCAAGAAUGGCAAGCCUUUGAAGCCAACACUUCCACAAACACCGCUCAAUCCGAAGAAUGGUCUUAUUACUAUAGGGGACUAUUCAACAUUUUUUAUUACGCCUCACUGAUCUCAGAGUCUUCUGUUCCAACCCCCGCGCUCCUCCAAGAGCUAGAAAUGACACGGGAUACUUUGGACCAAAUCGCAACGGCCAUGGAUAGACCAUGCAAUCCGCGCUCUGCGGAGCCAAUGGCCAAAACCAAGCCCAAUCUGUCCCGACGGCUCAAGAGCAUCCUACCGACCCGUGCCAGAUAUCGAGGAAACCCCAACCAGUCAGCAACAGACACGAUCAGAGUCGAUGAAUAUGAGGUAGGGCACUGGUCUUUGCCUCCGGACUGGGAUGAAAGCAGUGCGCAGGGUUGUUUCACGGCUCUGGUUGCCCACUUUUCGGUGCACCCAUACGUAAUGGCUCAAGUGAAGAAGAGUCCGGAUCUCCUUGUACAGAACAAGUAUCGUGUGUCUUUGCUCAGUGGCGCGAUCUUUGGCCCGAGGUCACUGGGACGUUAUGGUAGUGAUAUUCCGCCAGUGUGUUGGCAAUCACGCUUGCGGCUCGUUGAGGCUCUGUUGGACUCUGGCGCACCUAUCCGGGGACGCAUUCCAAACGAUAACGCAGUUGCCGUUGGGCAGGAACUCUACUACCUGGAUUCUAUAGAACUUGAUGAUAUGAGCUUCUUAAGUCAGAUAGGACCUGAAGAGUACUGGAAUGAAGUGAGAAGGCUAUUAACAAUGAAGAUGAGCAUGGGUGAUCGAUUCCGACGGCAUCUGUUAAUAGCCACUAUUCCUAUGCCCUUGGGUUAA